UGACAAAUGACGUCAUUGAGAUGCAACAGGGAAUCUGUCGGUAGUUGACUAAAAGAACUAAAAGUAAUGGAUGCCAGAGACCAAGAGGUGAUUAGGAAGAUGUAUGUCCGUCUUGACAAAAACCUAGAAGCAACRCCACUCUURAGCUACCUSUACCAAGAGAACRUUUUAAGUGAUGAAGACAUGGAGAAGGUACAAAACAAAAACACAAGAAAGAACAAAGCUGAAAAGUUGAUCAAGAUUUUAAGACGAAGGAAAAAUGGUUUGAAAAUGUUGAUUAAAGCCCUGUUGAUGACCAAAGUUCAAGCUUUUCUUGCCCAUGAGUUAUUAGAGAUUGUACCAUGGAAUGAGGAAGAAAUCAAGAAUUUAAAGCUUGAACUUGAAGACAAAAUCAACCCAACUGAGCACUUAGAACUGGAAUUAGCAGCUUUGCAGCAGAGAUACAACCAACUUGAGGAGAAACACCAGCAAAUGAAAACCCAAUAUGAAAAUGACAUUGAAACACUUAAUCGAAAACUUAAUAUUGCACACUUAGAGCUUGAAGAAACAUCAAUUAAGCUAACUGAAUCAAAAGGUAUGUUCUCCUGGUUUAGGAAGUCUAGCAGACACAAACAUGAUCAGAAAUGAUCAAAUAUUUUUCUAUCAUUGUUUUAAAAUAUAUAGUAAAUUAUUAAUAGACUGAUGUAUUUUGCAGUAAAUUAAAGUAAAUUAUUAAUAGACUGAUGUAUUUUGCAGUCGCUACAAUAUUUUUAUUAAUAGUAUUUUUAUUAAUAGUAUUUUUCAAAAGGAAAAUUAUUACAUUACUUGAACUCCUCACUUGUUGUGAUGUAAUGAGUUUCAAUAAAAACAUCCACUUUUAGCACAGCGAGUGUGUUUUUAAAAUAGAUGCAUUUUUUCAUAAAAGAAUGAAAUAAUAAAUUCAAAGUAUUUGCUUGRGCUUCCUGUGAUUCAUAURUUGUACUUACAACGUACAGUUUUCCUGCCUAACCAUCCAUAAAAUUCCAUAACAGCAAGCUUUUCUUAACUACUACGUAAAAUCUUUGAAAUGUAACACGAACGUUGUAAGAUCGAMGUUUCCGUGACUUUUACGUAAGAUGACGUGCUCUGGAACUCUUUCCGGCUACAAUUUGUAGCUAACUUACGCAAGAAUGCUCGCUAUUCGAAUUGCGUAAAUCAUGCUGUUCUCUGGCCGCUUUCCGGCGUAUUUUUACGCAUUCGAAUUUAGUUCA